AUGUUUGGGUUAGUAGGUGCCAAGGACAUCACCGUAAAGGCAUUAGAAAUUGUAAAGCAAUGAAUUUGUGUCUACCAGGAAGCCUACACGUCCAUAUUGACAGUUGGCCAAGAUGCACUGGAGGACUAUGGACGGAAGCUGAUACUGGCCGACAGGGACAUGGUGAAACAGAAGGCUGAUGAGCUCCUGAAAGAGUCUGAGGUCAGUGAUGUGGAAUUUCUUGUGGUGGGAGAUCCAUUUGCCGCCACCACCCACAGUGACAUGGUCCUGAGAGAAGUGAAUGCUGGAAUACAAUGCAGGGUCAUCCAUAAUGCCUCCAUGAACGCAGUUGAAUGCUGUGGCCUCCAGCUGUACAACUUUGGAGAGACGGUGUCCAUUGUGUUCUGGACAGACACCUGGAGACCGGAAAGAUUCUAUGAUGAAAUCAAGAAGAACAGGGACUUAGGGAUGCACACACUAUGCCUGAUUGCCAUUAGUGAGGAGAAGAUAUGCGUGGGUCUGGCCAGGGUGGGAGCCGAGGACCAGGCCAUCCACACGGAGACGCUCUGCCAGCUGGCGUCUUGUGACCUGGCGGCCUGCUACACUCCACGAUCGUGA